AAACCAAGGAAAUUCCAAUAUUUUUUCUAUUAAGAGCAAUUCAACUACUGAUAAUCAAAAAAACAAUACACAGUAAUAACAACGUCACAAAAAACAAGAAAAUUAGAACAAAGGAUUUUUAUGAUCUCAACGAUGUUAGCACAAAACGCAAUAAAUGUAAAAGCCCCGAAACAAAAUUGGACUUAUGGAUUAAAAGACCCCCCAAAACAGCAGAUAAUAAUAACCAAAGCGCCACUGAACAGAAACAGAAACAUGGUAUGAAAGUAGAUGAUAAUAAAUGUGUAAAACACGAUGACGAUCUAAUAAUAGACGAUGACGAAAUUAUUGAUUCGUUAUCAAGUUUUUCUGCUUCCAAAAAAAUUAUUUCCAACAAAAAUACUUUAGAAUUUAAUGUAGAAAAAAUGGAUAUUGAAGAAAAUUUAUAUUCUAUGCCUUCUGAUAAAGCGAGACUUCCGAUGCCACAUAUAAUGGUUCAGGAAGUUAUAGAUAUAUUAAAAGGUUUACGUGAUAUAAUGCGAAAAAACCUUUCCACUUUGGAUAUAGAUAACAUCCAAUCAAGAUGGUGUUGUUCGGAAAAUCCACAUCUUUUUAAUGAAAGAUGGGAAAAAUUAUUUAGAGAUUUUUGUGAUGUAGAGCGUUUAAAAUUUGAGCCAAGUAAAGUUUCGGAGCUUUACGAUUCUUUAAAAUAUGAUGCUUUACACAAUAGACAAUAUUUGGAAACAAUAUUUGUUGAUCAAUCUGGCGAUAAGAGUAUUGCAACAAUUAAAGGAUUAUAUCAACGUGCAAGGAUGUUGUUUGAUUUUGUUGCACCACGGGAAUAUGGGAUUGAAAAUAAAGAUAAAUUAGAGAUUGGACUUCUAACAUCAAAUCUUUUAUUACAAGAUAUAAUAAAAAAUCUAGAGGAAUCCAAACUUAGUCGGGCACCUUCUACAAGACUCUAUUUCACUAAAGAGUCUCAUGUGCAUACUUUAUUGAAUGUUGUGUUUUUAUCUGGCCUUCCAACACGAAUAUCUAAAAAUGAAGUACCAGAGCUUGAUUACGUUAAAGUUUAUACUAUUGGACCUUCUUACGCUCAUGCAGAAACUCGCAGAUCGCCCGCAAUUGAUGGAAUUGUAAUGAGGAAUACUGAUGGAAAAGAGAUUAGAUAUAUUACAAACCUCACUACAAAAGAAAAAAAAAUGGCAAAAGAUAUAACUUUGGCUUUUGGACAAACUGUUUGUGGAUUUGAUUUGUUGAGGGUCCACGGAAGCUCUUAUGUUAUUGAUGUUAAUGGAUGGUCUUUUGUAAAGGGAAACGAUGAUUAUUAUAGUAAUUGUGCAAAAAUUUUAAGAACAAUGUUUUUUAAUGCUGUCAGAAAAAGAAAAAUUAGCAUUGAUUCCAUACCAAAUGAAUUGAGAUUCGAGAAUUCGUGGCGUUUAAAGUCAUUCAUCUCAGUAUUUCGACACGCUGAUCGUACACCAAAACAAAAAUUGAAAUUUAGUUUUAGUAGUAAACCGUUUGUUGAUCUGUUAAAAGGAUCUUUAGAAGAAAUUAUCUUAAAGAAUGAAGAUGAACUUAAACAAGUAUUUGAGGCUACGGUUGAAGCAAUCAAAUUAAAAAGUGAAAAAAUUUCGAAAUUGGAACAGCUCAAAUUAGUUUUACACAUGAAAAGUGAACUACCAGGAACUAAAGUUCAAAUAAAGCCAUCUUACAAUAAAGAAGAUGGAACAUUCACAAAGUUGCAGUUGAUUGUAAAAUGGGGUGGUGAGUUUACACAUUCUGCUCGUUAUCAAUCUCGUGAUCUUGGUGAAAAUCUACGCAAAGAUUUACUAAUAUUGAAUCGAAGUAUACUUGAUGAUGUUAAAAUAUAUUCAAGUUCUGAGCGUAGGGUCAGUGCUACAGCGGAUUUAUUUGCCAGAACAUUUUUGAAUACCGAUGAUAUUCCGGAAGAAACUAUUCAGAAAUGUAAAAAGAUGUUAGAUGAUAGUAAUGAAGCCAAAGAACAAAUUGACAUUUUUCGUUUAUUUGAUUUGAUAUCACAAAUUUCAACUUCCUCUGAAGAAUCAUUUAAUUUAUGUGAAUCUUCUGGGGCACUUGAUGCAAUAACUUCUGAAAUAAAUUCAAAUGAUUUUAAAUCUGGAUAUAUAUUUUUGGAAAAAGCAGGAAUAUUACAAUCAUUUGUCGAUACAUUGUCAAGAAAUGAAGAUCAAAAUGUAGUAUUAACUCUAGUAAAAUGUGCUGUAUUAAAAUUUUUUGGUAAAUUAUCUGAAGUAAAGGAGGUAGAUUUUAUGCAAGUUGAAAAUAAAUAUAGGAUUUUAACAUAUAUUAGUUCACACCUAUUUGACAAUAACACGGAUAUAAAGAUAACUGCAAUAAAUAUUAUUGGAGUGAUUGGCAAUAAUGAACGUGGACUUAAACUUUUAUAUAACAACAACACUACAUCAAACAUAAUUGGUAAUUUUAUUGAAGUUUAUCAAAAUUCAACAAAUGAUGUAAAACUGACAUGUUUACAAACUUUAUCGUGUUUAUUUGGAGCAAGUGAGAACCCUACACCGGAAACAUCUGAUAUUGUAGAACGUAUAUAUCGUCAAUUGGAAGGUAUUCCAUCACACCUCAAUACAUUAAUUACAUAUGCCAAGAAAAAUAUUGAAGAAUUACGUAUUGCAACUUUUGCAGUGAUGCAAAAGAUGGCAUUACAUCCAUGGGGAAAAUCUGAAAUGACUACUAAUUCAAAAGAAUUCAUUGACUACAUUCUAAACCGCACGACUGAAUCUACACAAAAAGCUAAAGGAUGGAAAUACUCAAUUGUGCAAACAUUGGUAAAGUCAUCUGAAACAACAACCUAUCGCAUUCCUCCAAAUAUUAUGGAGCGGUUAGUAAAAUAUUUGAAUGAAGGACCGUUCUUUGUUAGAACUGAGGCUUCUGUUGCAUUACAAAAAAUUUUAAGAAUGCAUUAA